ACCACCGUCAACUAUUUCAUAUGAUAUUUGUAUAGAGGUCUCAUUCUAUGAGAGAUGUGCUUGUGUUUAUAUAAUAAGAUUAAUUUUUCUUGUAGAACUUUGGAAAGCUGAUCAGUUGAAGGAGAGGAGCCAAGAAAACCAACUUAAACAUUUUUGGGAAGUUGUAUUCAUCGAUAACAAAAUGCUAGUGAAGGAACAAGGUAAUGUAAUGGGAAAACCAUUUAACUUGGACAAAAAUUCAUUUCCUUCCACAAAAAUAGUCUGUCACUGUGACUUAUUUGGAGUGAGUUUCAACAGAAUUUCAGAGUUGGUUAUUAUUAGAAAAACCUUCAGAAAAGAACCUGAUGAACUUAAUGGUUGUGGAAAAUUGCUACUCAAAAUUAAACCCGAGAAAACUCAUACUAGGGAGAAAAGUGAAUUUUUGAAGAAUAGGGCUACUCACAGUUAUCAUGAGGCUCCUAUUCCGCACGAAAAGAUUCAAACCUUAGAACAAACUUUUGAAUAUAAUGUGGGUCGGGAAGCCUUCUUGGAAAAGACACUGUUCAACCCACACAAGAGUGAGAGCAAAGAAGAGAGAGACUGUGAAGGCAGUGAAUAUGGGAUAACUGUUUGUGGAGACUCAUCCCUCCUGUUCCCUCAGAUACCUCCCUCUGAGGAGAAUCACUGCAAGUUUAGUGAUUAUGAGGAAUCCUUCUGUGGGAAGUCUACUCUCAAACAUCAUGGGGUACAUAUGAAACAUUGUGAAUAUAAUGAAAGUGGAAAUAAUUUCAGGAAGAAGUUAUGUCUCUCACAACUUCAGAAAACUCAUAAAGGAGAGAAACACUUUGAGUGUAAUGAAUGUGGGAAAGCUUUCUGGGAGAAGUCACAUCUCACUCGACAUAAGAGAGUGCACACAGGAGAGAAACGCUUUCAAUGUAGUGAAUGUGGAAAAACUUUCUGGGAGAAGUCAAAUCUCACUAAACAUCAGAGGUCACACACAGGAGAAAAACCCUAUGAAUGCAGCCAGUGUGGGAAAGUCUUUAGCCACAAGUCAGCCCUCACAUUACAUCAGAGAACACAUACUGGGGAGAAACCUUAUCAGUGUUCUGCAUGUGGGAAAACAUUUUAUCAGAAGUCAGACCUCACUAAGCAUCAGAGAACACACACGGGGCUGAAACCCUAUCAAUGUUAUGAAUGUGGUAAAUCAUUUUGUAUGAAUUCCCACCUUACCGUGCAUCAGAGAACACACACAGGUGAGAAACCUUUUGAAUGUCUGGAAUGUGGGAAAUCCUUUUGUCAAAAGUCUCAUCUUACACAGCAUCAGAGAACUCACAUAGGGGAUAAACCCUAUGCAUGUAAUGCAUGUGGGAAAACUUUCUACCAUAAGUCAGUACUCACCAGGCAUCAGAUAAUUCAUACAGGAUUGAAACCUUAUGAAUGUUAUGAAUGUGGGAAAACCUUCUGCUUAAAGUCAGACCUUACAGUGCACCAGAGAACUCACACAGGGGAGAAACCCUUUUCAUGUCCUGAAUGUGGGAAGUUCUUCAGUCAUAAGUCAACCCUUUCACAACAUUUUAGAACACACACAGGGGAGAAACCCUAUGAAUGUCUUGAGUGUGGAAAAAUCUUUUACAAUAAAUCAUACCUAACUAAACAUAAUAGAACACAUACUGGGGAGAAGCCCUAUGAAUGCAAUGAAUGUGGGAAAUCUUUCUGCCAGAAGUCACAGCUCACACAGCACCAGAGAAUUCACGUAGGGGAGAAACCUUAUGAAUGUACUAUAUGUGGAAAAGCUUUCUGCCAUAAAUCAGCUCUAAUUGUACAUCAGAGAACCCAUAUAGAAGAAAAGCCCUAUAAAUGUAAUGAAUGUGGAAAAUCUUUCUGUGUGAAGUCAGGACUUAUUUUGCAUCAGAGAAAACACACAGGGGAGAAACCCUAUGAAUGUAAUGAAUGUGGGAAAUCCUUCAGUCACAAAUCCUCCCUCACAGUACAUCACAGGUCUCACACAGGGGAGAAAUCUUGUCAAUGUAAUGAAUGUGGGAAAAUCUUUUACCGUAAAUCAGACCUUGCUAAACAUCAAAGAUCACACACAGGAGAGAAGCCCUAUGAGUGUAACAUAUGUGGGAAAACCUUCUCUCAAAAGUCAAACCUCAUUGUACAUCAGAGGAUACACACAGGGUAAAAGUCUUUUGAUGAAUUGUUUAUUAGAAAUGCUCAGCCACAAGUUAGCACACUAUACUUCAGAAUAUACACACUGGAGAAAGUUCUAUUGGCCUCUGACUGUUUAAUAACAUUCAUCUGCAAACUGGACUUAAUUUAUUCCACAGCACUGAUGAAACAAAUUGCAUGUCAUGCUUUGUUAAACAGUGAAAUCCUAACUUAAUACUGUUAUAAAAC